AUGCAACCUCAAGAUUACGGUAUAGUGCCUGGAAGUCUCAAGGAGUUACUUUCCGUCAAGGAUAACCAUAAAUGGCAAGGUAAACCCAUUGUUGCUCAAGUUCAAAACUCCAAGAUUCUUCAAGAACAAAAUACUGAUAAAAAGUAUCGACUUAUUGUUUCUGACGGUGCUUAUAGUAUCCAUGCUGUUGUUGAUCAGAAUAAUAAUAACUACUUGGAAAGUAAUGGUUUUUCCAGAUUUUCAAUUAUUCUUUUGAAAAGUUAUACCAUUGCCAAAACUAAGAAAAGAGUGAUGAUCAUUAAUGAUCUUGAAGUUAAAGUUCCAAAAGCUGAUAAAAUCUCCGAAAAUGCAGUUCCCUGUGAUACUUAUUAUGACCAGAACCCUGCGGAUGACUUGGUUGCCCAAGCAAAUGCCAAAGUUGUAAGACAACCUCAGCAACAACAACAACAACAACAACAACAACCUCCUGCCAACCAUGGUCCUAUUUGUCCAAUUGAGUCGAUCUCACCUUUCUCAAAUAGAUGGACCAUUAAAGCUAGAGUAUCCUAUAAAGGGGACAUGAGAAGAUGGUCUAAUCAACGUGGUGAAGGAAGAUUAUUCAAUGUGAAUUUCUUAGAUGAAUCAGAUGAAAUUAGAGCCACUUCUUUCAAUGAAGAUGCCGAUAAGUUCUUUGAAUUAUUACAGGAAGAUAAAGUCUACUAUGUCACCAAAGCGAGAGUUGUUCCAUCAAAACCAAAUUUUAGUAAUUUAAGUCAUACUUAUGAAUUAAAUUUAGGAAGAGAUACUCAAAUCACUGAAUGUUUCGAUACUGCUGAUGUUCCUAAAAUCAAUUUCAAUUUUACUAAAUUGAAUCAAAUAGAAUCAGUAGAAGCUAAUUCUAUUCUUGAUGUUAUCGGGGUUUUGAAAAAUGUUAAUAAUUGUGAAGAAAUGACUGCUAAAUCUACUGGUAAACCAUUCCAAAAAAGAAAUGUCACCAUUGUUGAUAACUCUAAUUAUGCAAUCGACGUUACCUUAUGGAAUAAAGUUGCCGAAGAAUUCAACGUCCCGACCGGUUCCGUACUUGCUUUUAAAGGUGUUAAGGCUAAUGAUUUCGGUGGUAGAUCUUUAAGUUUAACCCCUGCUGGUAAUAUGGUCUUAAAUCCUGAUGUUAAUGAAUCUUAUUCUUUGAAAGGUUGGUAUGAUAGCGAAGGUAUUAAUGAAAGCUUCCAAACUUUGAAAGUUGAAAAAUCUGCUGGUAAUUCAUUUUUAAAUGAUCGUAAAUCUAUUCUUCAAGUUCAAGAUGAAAAUUUGGGUAAAAAUGAAAAACCAGAUUAUUUCAAUACAAAAGCUUGUAUUAAUUACUUUAAAACUUCUAAUAUUGCUUACCCUGCUUGUAUUAACGAAGUUCAAAGAGGUGAAAAUGUUACUACUUGUAAUAGAAAAAUUAUCGAAGAAAAUGAAAGUACUUGGAGAUGUGAAAAAUGUAAUAUCACUUACAAUCAACCUCACUAUAGAUAUAUCAUCAACUGCUCAAUAACUGAUCAUACCGGUCAAAUUUGGGUCACUUUGUUUGAUGCUGAUGCUGAAAGAAUCUUCAAAAAAUCCGCUGAUGAAAUGGUUAACUUGAAGGCCAACGAUGAACAUGCUUUUAACCAAAUCACAAAUAAUCUUAUAAUGAAUGAAUAUGGUUUCAGAAUAAAAGCAACUCAAGAUUCUUUCAAUAAUGAACUUAGAAUAAGAUUCACUGUUGCUGGUAUUUUUGAUAUUGAUUAUAAUACCGAAAGUGAGUUCUUAGCAAAACAAUUAGAAUCAGUUCUUUGAUUUUUUACUCGAUUAUAUAUCUAAUUUUUUCG